CAUAUCUUUUUACAGCUGCAUAGCACUCCAUCUUGUGUUUGUACUAUAAUUAUUCAGCUAGUUCUUAACUGACACAAGCAGUUUCCAAUCUUUUGCUAUAAAAGUAAUGCCAUAAUGAAUAGCCUUGUGCACUGAGCUUUUUGUAUUUUGCCAAUGUAUCACUAGGAUAGAUUCUUGCAAGUGUAGCCCUGACCUAGGUUUACUGGGUGAAAGAGUAGAUACAUAUGUAAUGUGGCUAUAGAUUGCCAAAUUACCUUAGUUAGAGUUACAUCAUUUUGCCUUCCCAUCAGCAAUGUAUGACAAUGCUAUCCUCAGGAGUAUUUUGGUAUGAUAUCAGAUAAAGGAGGAUGUAGAAAUGAAUCACAGACAAGGUUCCUGUCCCCAGGAACUCUCAGCCUAGUAAAAGGCUUAUGGGAAAAUAUAAUGAUAUAAUGUAAUCUUCAGGGCAGAUUUAUUCUGAAGCUUAAGCUUCAGAGUCCCUCACAGAGAACCUUUCCAAGGCCCCAGCAAUGUAUUCACAGGUCCAUUUUGUAAUCUUUUUCCUAAAGAGGACACCCCAAAUUAUUUAAACAUCUACCUCACAGACUUUAGAGCCAGUUCCAUAACUCUGGAGUUAUGGAAGUGGAUUUCAAGUUCUGCAACCAUCUUGAGAGGAGAGAUUCCUGUAUUUAAUGACUGAGACAAAGAGACAAACAAAAAGAAAAGGCUCCUUUGACCAAAGAAAUACCCCUCCCCAGAUUCUGAUCAGUUACACACAGGUAGGUAGCUGUCUACACAGAGCCCUCUACUUUCCCUCUGUUCUCAAGAGCAGAAACCAAAACUUAGAAAUACAUCAGUAUUCCCAGCUGACAGCUGAAGACUGAUACACUGCACUCAGGACAAGUCUGAACAGAUUACCGAGCAGGGUUUUUUUUUGGUUUUUUUUGGGGGGGGGGGUAGGAGGGUUUACACCAGGGGAGUGGGUAUUCAAGGCAGGUGCCCCCCAUCCCAAAACAGACACCUUUCCGUCAAAUAAGGCAGAGGUCUGCUUCCUUACCUGUAAAAACGAGGUUAGUAAUAAACCCUGCCCUCGUAGGGUUUGGUUAGGAUUAGGAGAGAUCACUUAAAGACUUAACCCAGUCCCAGACUCUCGGGAGAAGGUCCAUAAAUGGAGAACAGAAAAUAGAACGGGUAAUUGGUUGAUCCUUGAGAGCAGUAACAAGAAAUUCUUUGCACAUUGUGACUUAUACAGCACUGUGAAGAGGAACAACCCCUUUAUUGACAAAUAGUAGGUGCAGAUUAAAUCGGCGAAGAAGGAAUAGACGUUUCUGGCGGUUGCUUACUAAUCUGUGAAACGAACUGAAUGACCGAUUGGUCCGGGUCUCUAAGCAACUGACAGUCCCGGGCUGCUGGCAGGCGAACGCGGGCCUGGAUCUGGCUGACGGCUGUGGGGUGCCCCAGUGCCUCAGGCUGACCGUCGGGCCCCGAAAACGGCUGUCCUCGCUGUCAAUCCCGGCCCCGGCCGGCCCCGACCUCCGUCGCUAGCUGAACAAGCGGGGGGCAUCCCAACUCUCCACGAGGAGUUCGAGGGUGUCGCCGCCAGGCAGGGCGCGCGCGCGCUGCAGGAGCCAAGCUCCGGCGCCGCGGCCCCUUCCUUCCCGCCGGGGGCAGGGCGCCUCCGACUCGCAGCUGCCGAGCCCCGGAACAACGAGGUGCCGGCUUCUUUAAGGAAGAUACCACCGCGCCAGCGGAGCAGGGGACGGCGUCUUCCCAGAUGAUCGCACCCAGCCCCGCGCCGCCGCCGCCGCUGCAGCCUCGCCAACUGCACCGCCCGCAAUCAUGGCUCAGUGACUCUGACAAAAGGUGCAGCCUCCCUCCCGACGGGGCGGGAGCCAGGCCUCCCAGCUCGGGCUGCGCCUCCCCGCGGCUCCGCGGAAGAGGCCCGCUUACCGCAGGCAUCCCAGGUCCGCGCGGAGGAAGAUGCACCAGGCGUUCCACCCCAGCGACUCCGCACACCUGCCCGCAGCUCGAAACCUUGACCUUGAAGAUGGUGAGUAGCCAGCCAAAGUACGAUCUAAUACGGGAGGUAGGCCGAGGUAGUUACGGUGUUGUAUAUGAAGCAGUCAUCAGAAAGACCUCUGCACGGGUGGCAGUGAAGAAAAUUCGAUGCCAUGCACCUGAAAAUGUUGAACUAGCCCUGCGUGAGUUCUGGGCACUAAGCAGUAUCAAGAGCCAACAUCCAAAUGUGAUUCACUUGGAGGAAUGCAUCCUACAAAAGGAUGGGAUGGUGCAAAAGAUGUCCCACGGCUCUAAUUCUUCCCUUUAUUUACAGCUUGUAGAGACUUCACUAAAGGGAGAAAUUGCCUUUGAUCCCAGAAGCGCCUAUUACUUGUGGUUUGUGAUGGAUUUUUGUGACGGAGGAGAUAUGAAUGAGUAUCUGUUGUCCAGGAAACCCAAUCGUAAAACUAACACCAGCUUCAUGCUUCAGCUGAGCAGUGCCCUGGCUUUCUUGCAUAAAAACCAGAUCAUCCAUCGAGAUCUAAAGCCUGAUAACAUCUUGAUUUCUCAAAGCCGGUUGGAUACCAGUGACUUGGAACCCACACUAAAAGUGGCUGAUUUUGGUCUAAGUAAAGUUUGUUCAGCAUUUGGGCAGAAUCCAGAAGAACCUGUCAGUGUAAACAAGUGUUUCCUUUCCACAGCGUGUGGAACAGAUUUCUACAUGGCUCCUGAAGUGUGGGAGGGACAUUACACAGCAAAAGCUGACAUCUUUGCUCUGGGGAUUAUCAUCUGGGCAAUGCUGGAAAGGAUCACAUUCAUAGACACAGAGACAAAGAAGGAACUCUUGGGGAGUUAUGUAAAACAAGGAACUGAGAUCGUGCCUGUUGGGGAGGCACUUCUUGAAAAUCCCAAAAUGGAACUUCUCAUUCCUGUGAAGAAAAAGUCUAUGAAUGGGCGAAUGAAACAACUGAUUAAGGAAAUGCUGGCUGCAAACCCUCAGGAUCGUCCAGAUGCUUUUGAACUAGAACUCAGAUUAGUACAAAUUGCAUUUAAAGAUAGCAGCUGGGAAACGUGACACAUAUAUUAUUUGCAAAUAUCUUGGGUAAUAUGCUGCUUCUGUUUUAACAGUGAUGCAACAUAAUGUGGCUGAAAAAGAAUAUAAAAAGCUAAACUCCACCUUUUAAGGGUUUAGAUUUUAUUGUGGGAUUUUUCUUUCCUCAUUUUUCUUAAGUCCAAGGUGGCAAUUUUCUUAGUAUGUUUUAAGUGCGUAUUACCAAUGUGAGUGUAAAUUUUUUUAAAUGAUCAUUGGUAGAAGUUUGGCAGGAAAAUUUUCUAAGAGCCAAGAAAUGAAGAAAGUCCAGUUUUCUGGAAAUAUGUCUCUAAGUAUUCUAGACAUUCCUUGUCAGUAUUAGGAAUUUCCAUGGAAGAAGAGGUUUGCGUGCUGGUAAUGCAACCUUUGAAGCUUUGUAAAGGAAACAUAAAUGUAUAUAUUUAUGUAUAUGUAAGUAUGUGAAUGUGUGCAUUUUGCAUUCCAUAUGAAAAAAAUGCCACUUCUGUUUAAAUUAUUUGAUGUAGGUUUGGGUUUUUGAGAUUUGCUGGUGAAAUCAGUGAUGAAAAAUAAAAGAACCUUCCCUCAUCUCCUACCCUGUCCCUCCCUCUAAUGAAAUCAUACUAAGUUUUUUAUUUUUAUAAUAUUAUACACCUUUUUUUUAAGGCAUCAUUUUGGAGAGUCUAAAAUUAUCUGAUUAAACAUAAGUGAAAUUAAGUGAUCCAAAGCUGCUGAAGUAUGUUUGAGCUCUCCAGUGCCCUAAAGCUGCAGGAGUUGAAUUAGCCAUGCAAUCAUGUGGUACAGGUUGGCAAGGACAUUGAUGAUUCAGUCAUACCUUCUUUAGAUAACCACGCAUUCAAUUAACUAAUUAAACCACUGCAUUGGGACAUGUCUACACUUGAGCAUCUGCAAUCUGAUACAGAUCUGAACACAGGAUUCUUCUGUAUCUGAAAACUUUGCUGUAUAUGAACUAUAGUAAUUGAUAUAUUAAUUUUUUAUUUCAAGACUUUGUCUAAGCCUCAGCAUCAAGUCGAAGAAACCAAAUGAGCUCUACCCUCACAUUGCCUACCCUAAUAUGGUCUCUCGUUUAAUCACUGGAAUUUCUUUCAUUUUGGCACUAAUGCUGUUUUGUCUAAUUUGACACAGUAAUGGUAGUGAUAUGGUUGUAUUCAAUGUUGAUCACCUUUUUCUAAAGUGGGAAAUGAUACUUACACAGUUUGGCAAAUGGGUAAAAUACUGUGGCAUAAGUUAUAUCUUUCAAAUAGAGAGGUUAUCAGUUUUAUACAAUCACUUGGUAUGGUCUGUGUCAAGAACCAACAGACCAUUAUUCUUCUUGAAGUCAGUUU